CAGCGAGGAUUUGAUGGCUUUGGCAUGUUUAACGAAUUUAAAAUACUAAGACACGUGUAAGAUGCUAAUGAUAUCUGCCUUGAACCUAAAGCUAUCAAAAAUUGCCCUCGUGAUAAUCGUGUUGUUUAAUUUGGUGGUAGCGAUCGUGCUUAUGGAGUAUUUCUGGAACCUCUCCAAAAUCGACUAUAGCAACACUACUAACUGGAAAGAAAUACUGGGUUAUUUCAACAAGGAAGGUUACAAACCUGCAAAAAUAUCCACACCUGGACUAGAAGGGUCCGGGUAUGUGUUGGAGCCAGGAAAUGUCCAGUUUAAGUUUAUCAACCCCAAAGCGAAGUCCGGUUCUCCAGAAAAGAUUUUGCAGGAUAACGAUUAUGUGUACCAAGAGAUGUUCAAAAACAAGAUCACAGAGCCCAAAGACAUGGAUAUAGAGACCAUAAGGCCUCCUGAUCCCGAAAAAAUCAACAGCUAUCAAAGGGCCAAUGCCACCAUAAUUGCUUUGGUUAGAAAUAGUGAAGUUCUGGGGAUUGGAAGGUCUAUCCAAAAAUUUGAAAAGAGCUUCAAUGGCAAGUUCAAGUAUCCAUACACAUUCAUAAAUGAUGCUCCAUUUUCUGAUAAAUUCAAGGCAAAGAUGAGGAAGUUUUCCGAUGCUCCGAUGGAGUUUGUGGAGAUUCCUCGUCAAUUAUGGGACAAACCAUCAUUUAUAGAUUCAGAAAAAGAAAAACUGAUGAUGCUUGCAUUGGCACGACACAAUGUGGCGUACGCAAUGAAGCCCUCGUAUCACAAUAUGUGUCGGUUUUACCUGGGGAAUUUCUAUAAUGUUCCUGAGUUGCAGAAGUAUAAGUACUACUGGAGAAUUGAGCCUGACGUCAAGUUUUACAGCGAUAUCCGUUAUGAUAUCUUUAAGUAUCUCCAAGGAACUGGAAAGGUAUACGGGUUCACCGUUAACUUGUACGAUAUUGACGAAACAUUGACAACGUUAUGGCCGGAGACCCUCAAGUACUUGAAUGAAGAUGACAACUUCAAGUACGUGAAUGAGAACGGAGCUUUCCAAUGGCUUCUUGAAAACCAACAGAACCCCAAGAAAAACGCAAAUACAGGAGGUUACUCUACAUGCCAUUUCUGGUCCAACUUUGAGAUUGGUGAUAUGGACUUUUUCAGAGGUGAAGCGUACAAUAAGUGGUUCCAACACCUAGACCAGUCGGGUGGGUUUUACUAUGAACGAUGGGGAGAUGCCCCGGUCCACUCUAUGGGGUUAGCUUUGUUUGCAGAUAAGUCCAAAAUUCAUUGGUUUAGAGACAUAGGGUAUUUUCAUGAUCCGUACCUUAAUUGUCCUAACUCUGACAGCACCAAGAACUGCAAAAUAGGAACGUUCAGCAGGUGGAAACAUCUUAAUGACCAGAACUGUAUGGGCAGCUGGAUCGACUAUAGUAUGGAGGGUAUGGAGAAGGUAUAUUAAGGAGAUACUUAGAGGUUGUAACCCUCACUGUACAAUACAUAUCAAAAGUCCUGCUCAACUGCUCAGUCCACGCUCACAAUUAAAAUACAUUAUAUCAUUAACCACAUCUACUCUCAACUAAUGUCUCUUUUUUCCAACCUGUUGCAGUUGAGAAAUAAACUCAUUCACCUUGUCGUCCAUCAUAUCGGUGACCUUGAUAUAGAUAGGGUGUUUUGCAAUUCUAUCACUCCAGGCCGCCAAAUGUGGGUAAGUCUUAAACAAAUCGAUCUUUUCGCCUGUCACUUCACGAAUCCCAUUCUCAUUAUCAAAGAUGUUUUCGUAAACAGGAAAUGUCAACAUCACAUCUGCAGCAGUUAACUUAUUCCCCACAAAGUAUCCGGUAUGUUCGUUAUCCAACUGCCGUUCCAAAAACUCCAUAUUCAAUUUCCAUUCGUGAAUAUAGUAACCGUUGUUUAAACCCUUGGUGACCAUUUUGGCCAAGCUCUUGAAGCCAAUUGGAGCAAUGGACUUAGCCACACUGUUUAUCAACAUCGUGAGCAAAAUGUGUUGGAAGGUUCCUUCUGAGUAGUGGAGAUAGUAGUCGACCCGGAGUUUAUCAACUUCUGUAGUGGGAUUCAAGAUAUUGUGUGGAUCAUAAUUUUUGAGUAAGUAUUGCAUGAUUAGCCCUGAUUCUGCCAACUUCAAUGAAGGUCUUCCAUCAGCAAAAAACACCUCUAGGAUGGGUGCUUUACCCGAGGGAUGAACUUGGAAGAGCUCGGAUGGGCCUCUCCAGGUGUCGUGAUGUCUUAAAUAUACUUCCACAUCGUAGUCUAAACCUAAGAGUUCAAGCAUAAAUACGAUUCUGUGAGCUCGGGACUGAUCAAGCCAAUGGACCAAAAACUUAUCUCCGUGGUCUGCCAUGUUUAUGAGUAGAGGAUCUGAAGUCUACAAUAGU